UCUCGUCCUAAUAAACAUCAUUCAUACGUUUUCUUGUGACGCAAGCUGUAUACCGUGCCUUUUAGUUUUAAUGGUUCUAUAAAAUAAGUAUUAUUUGAAAUAAUACUUACUUAAUAACCACAGUGCCUUUAUCAGUAGGUCUCGCCAUGUGCUAACUAUGCCACGCUUCUAGUGCAUUGAGUGUAUAUGUUGUAAUAUUUGUAAAUAGCCAGGAUGGACUGCACAUAGAUAUUGUGGAAGGAAAGGGGAAAUCUACUAUUAAAAUAAAGAAAUAAUAAUGGUCCCGAGAUAAACUCAGAGAUAAUUAAGAUUGACCAAAAAUAAUGAUUCAGAAUAUUUAUUGAGGACACGAGUGAGAAAGGAUCAUUUUUGUACGUGAGGAUUCAUCACUAACCAGGUCAAGGUGCUGACAAAGAGCACAGAAGUUGACGACCAACAUCUUUCUUCUACGAGCAAGUGAUUAGAACACGGAACAUUCCAGCCAUGUCAGCGGAGAAUUUGAACAGGCCCGUCCACCUGGACGAGGUGCUGGAGAAGCUGGGCGCGUUCGGGCGCCACCAGCUCGCCACCAUGUGUCUGCUGGCGCUGGUCUACGCCACCAACUCCAUGUACAACGUCAACUACGUCUUCGCCGUCGAGGACGUCAACUACAGGUGCCAGAUCCCCUCGUGCGACAGUCCCAAUGCGAGCUUCUUCAGCCCGUGGCUGAACCAGUCUUCCCCAGACGUGAGCGAGGAGUACGUCAAGCAGUGCCGGCGGUACACGACGGAUGGGUGUGCCUCGUUCAACACCAGCCAGGUGGUGGAGUGCAAGGAGUGGGUGUAUGAUGUGCCCGACAGUUUUGUUGCCGAGUUCGGGCUGGCGUGCGAGGAGUGGAAGCCGACCAUGGUGGGCACGGCGCACAACUUCGGCAGCAUGGUGGGGCUGCUGGUGCAGGGACAGAUCUCCGACAGGUUUGGCAGAAAGACAGCUGCCGUGUUCGCGGGCACCAUGGGGGCAGUCUUGGGCUUGACCAAAAGUUUCGCCACUUCUUUCUGGUUCUACGUGGUUUUGGAAGCACUAGAAGCUGCGAUUGGUGAUGCUCUAUCGCCUAUGUUUAUGUUGAGUAUUGAGAUCGUUGAAAAGAAAAAGGCCGUGCUGUUCCAAAUGAUACUUCUCAACUGCUACACGUGCGGACUUAUCGUGAUGCCCUUCAUCUCCUGGGCCGUGCCCUACUGGAGAACCUUCCUCCGAGUCAUCUAUGCGCCCACCCUGGUUAUUUUGACAUACUCCUUCUUCCUAGACGAGAGCAUUCGCUGGCUCUUCAGUAAAGGGAAAAGAGAAAAAGGAAUAAAACUCAUCGAGAAAAUAGCGAAACGUAAUGGUGUUCAAAUCGACAAGCGAAUAUUGAACAGACUGGAGUACAUAGACGAGGAAAAUAAUAAGAACGUUGACGACAAGAAGCUAUUGUUGAAGACGUUCAAGUCGAGGAUAAUGAUGCAGAGGUUCCUGGUGUGCAUGGUGUGGUGGCUGACAGUCACGCUCAUCAACUACGGCAUGAUGAUCAGCGCCGUGUUCAUCGACGGCAACAAGUACGUCAACUUCGCGCUGCUGAUGCUCAUGGACAUCCCGUCCAACGUGUUCUACUGGCUGGCGCUGUCCAAGUACAAGCGGAAAAUGCCGCUGGUGGUGUCGUUCCUCAUUGGAGGAAUCUUCUGUGUUCUACAACCAUUUGUGCCAAAAGGUUACAUGUGGAUACGUCUGUCGCUGAUCAUGGCGUUCGAGACGCUGGCCACGUUCUCGUACAACAUCGUGUACAUGUACACGUCGGAGCUGUUCCCCACCUACACCCGGAACUCCAUGCACGCCAUUUGCUCCUCCGUGGGCCGCCUGGGCUCCUUGCUGGCGCCGCAGACUCCGCUUCUGAUAUCCUACUGGUCUGGUCUCCCGUCGCUGAUCUUCGGCCUGACGUCGCUGCUCUCCGGCGCGCUGACGCUGCUCAUGCCAGAGACGGCCAAGACGGAGCUCCCGGACACCGUGGAGGAGGCUGAGAUGAUCGGCAAGAACGCUCUGCAGCCUCUGCUGGACCCGAGUGCGAAUGGGAAGGAAAUUGAACUCAAGUAGAUAGCAAUAAAACUUGUAAAAGAAAUGUCUGUAUAUUUAGUUAAUGUUUAAUUAACAAGUUAGAAUGA